AUGUCCGCCGCAAAGCAAAAGGCCCAGCAAAUCAUUGACGACAAUGCCGUCGUCGUCUUCUCAAAGUCCUACUGCCCUUAUUGCCGCGCUACAAAGUCGCUGUUGAACGAGAAGCACGCGAAGUACUUCCUGUUGGAGCUGGAUGAAGUUGAUGACGGAGCCGCGAUCCAAGAUGCGCUCGAGGAGAUCACCGGCCAACGAAGCGUGCCUAACAUUUUCAUCGGACACAAGCAUAUUGGUGGAAACUCGGAUUUGCAGAGCAAGAAGGGACAGCUUGAUGGGCUGUUGCAGGGCGCUGGUGCUGUCUAG